AUGAACUCAAUCAACAGUUCAACUUCAUCAUUCAAAGCAUCGGAACAUCAAGCAGCAGGACACGAUGGAUGCAUGACACUGAAUUCAUUAUUUAUAAAACCUACAACACGUCAAGAAUUGGACUUUUAUACAGAAACAUUAAAACGUGAUGGUGCCAAAGAAGAAAGAUAUCCAGAAGAUGAGGGUAUAGCUUUAGGCUCUUUGCUUUCCCAUUGGUUGCCUACGUUUUUGGGCAGUUUACAAAAGGGGGAGUUUUCAAAUAAGCAAAUUUUCAAACAGUCUCUGACAUCUUCCAUUUCAUCAUCAACUGACAAUGUCACGGCUGGUUUAAAAAGUAAAGAAUAUAUUGUACUUCUGAAUCUCUAUCACGAAUUCAAAAAGCCAAGUAUUUUGGAUAUCAAACUUGGAUCGAAAUUAACUGAUGAUUUAGUCACUCCCUCGGAAAAGAUUGCAAGGUUGCAAAAAGUAACUGAAUCAACAACUAGUGGAUCACAUUCAUUUCGCAUCUGUGGCAUGAAAGUGUACAAUAAUGAAAAAGACCUCCUCAAACCUAAGGAGCUUUUUCCAGGAAUGGAUGAUACGAUAACCAUACUUUAUGAUGAACCAGAGAAUCAAUUGUCAUCAGCGUCAAAUACAUCACCAAAGUAUUUGGUCUAUGACAAGUAUUUCGGUCGACUGUUGGACUCAAACACAAUACAACAAGGAUUGGAACUUUACUUUAAACCACUAAAACCCAAAAUCCACCACCUCAUGUGCCUCAUUGACAACUUUAUUCAUAGAUUGCAACUCCUAUACAAUUGCUUAUUAGACCAUGAAACAAGAAUGUAUUCAGCUAGUCUCUUAUUCAUUUAUGAAUGUGAUCCACAAGUGUGGUCAAAUGUUUCAGUUGAAGAAUAUGGCAAGUAUGAUCCAUUGAUCAAAGAGUUUGAAUUGAGUGAUGAUGAUGAUGAUGAUGAUGAUGAAGACGAAGCAGAGAAUGUAUUUAACGACGUUGACGCGGUUGAACGAGAAGGACUACAUAACGUCACUAAAGCUUACGACGUAAUCAAACAAAUUGGUGCUAGCGACAAGUAUAAUGAUUGCGACAAGGACAUGGAGCGUACUGCACCAUUGAGCAGCUUGCAUCUUAUAGAUUUUGCCCAUUCUAAAUACGUUGAUGGUGAAGGGUACGACGAGAAUGUUAUUGAAGGUGUGGAAAACUUGAUCAAGCUUUUGCAAAAUAUCAAACUGGAAAUAGAGUAG